CAUCGUGGGAGGAGCUACGGCCCCGCCCCCUCAGUAGGGCGAGUCAUUUCCGUCCGCGGAAAAACAGAGAAAACUGCGGGCAGAUCUGUGGGCUGAACCCCUCGACUGGAUUUCCCUGGUCUGAAGUGGCCAGUGAGCCAGAGCGGCGGGCACAGGAUGACCGAGUUGGAAGCCCGGGGCCGCCUGUGGCUGAAGAGCCCCCCCGGGGGAGCGCCCCCUAUCUUCCUGCCCUCGGACGGACAAACCCUGGUCCUAGGACGGGGACCUCUGACCCAAAUUACCGACCGGAAGUGCUCCAGAAACCAAGGGAUGCAAGUCUUGACUCUACCCUCUCAACCCUCAGUGGAGCUGGUCGCAGACCCUAAGACUCGCACGGUGGCUGUGAAACAGCUGGGGAUUAACCCCUCAACUGCCGGGUCCCAGGAGCUGAAGCAGGGAUCGGAGGGCUCUCUGGGGGUGGGGGACACACUGUAUUUGGUCAAUGGCCUCCACCCGCUGAUCCUGCACUGGCAAGAAGCCUGCACGCCAGAAUCCCAGCCAGAUACUCCACCCGGCACCCCGCCAGUGGCCCCAAACGAGGAGGAGGAAGAGGAAGAAGAGGAAGAGGAAGAGGAUAUUAAGCAGCGGAAAAAGUUGAUGCGGAAGUCAUCCCCCUGUUGGGAGAGCUUUGAGAAGCUACUGGUGUUCACAGCGCCUGGGGUGAAGCCCAGAGGCAAGGUGGCCGGCUUUGAUCUGGAUGGGACCCUCAUCACCACACGCUCUGGGAAGGUCUUUCCCACCAGCCCCAGUGACUGGAGGAUCUUGUACCUAGAGAUUCCUCGUAAGCUCCGGGAGCUGGAUGCCGAGGGCUACAAGCUGGUGAUCUUCACCAACCAGAUGGGCAUUGGACGCGGAAAGCUGCCAGCAGAGGAGUUUAAGGCCAAGGUGGAGGCUGUAGUGGAAAAGCUCGGAGUCCCCUUUCAGGUGCUGGUGGCCACGCAUGCUGGCCUGUACCGAAAGCCGGUCAUCGGCAUGUGGGACCAUCUUCGGGAGCAGGCCAACGAGGGCAUGCCCAUCUCCAUCGGGGACAGUGUCUUCGUGGGAGAUGCAGCUGGUCGCCCAGCUAAUUGGGCCCCAGGGCGAAAGAAGAAAGACUUCUCCUGUGCAGAUCGCCUGUUUGCCCUCAACUUGGGCCUGCCCUUCGCCACGCCGGAGGAGUUCUUCCUGAAGUGGCCAGUGGCCAGCUUUGAGCUCCCAACCUUUGACCCGAGGACCGUCUCCUCCUCGGGGCCACUCUGGCUGCCUGAGUCCAGCUCCCUGCUGAGCUCUGACCCUGAAGUGGUUGUCGCCGUGGGAUUUCCUGGUGCCGGGAAGUCCACCUUCCUCCAGGAGCACCUUGUGUCUGCCGGAUAUGUCCACGUGAACAGGGACACGCUGGGCUCAUGGCAGCGCUGUGUGACCAUGUGUGAGACAGCUCUACAGCAAAGGAAACGGGUGGUGAUCGACAACACAAACCCGGACCCCCCAAGCCGGGCCAGGUACAUCAAGUGCGCCCAAGAUGCAGGUGUGCCCUGUCGCUGCUUCCUCUUCAGCGCCACCUUGGACCAGGCGCGUCACAACAACCGGUUCCGGGAGAUGACAGGCUCUUCUCACGCCCCCGUGUCUGACGUGGUCAUGUUUGGCUACAGAAAACAGUUCAAGGCCCCAAAGCUGGCGGAGGGCUUCUCGGAGAUCCUGGAGAUCCCAUUCCGGCUGCACGUGGAACCACAACUUGAGCGGCUGUACUGCCAGUUCUCCGAGGGCUGAGCUCCUGCUUCCCCCACCUGAACCCCCACCCCACUCCACUCCCAAAUAAAUGUUAUCUUUCUUUAA